CCGCACCUCUUCGUCCCACUCCCACCCCAUCUCUCGACGUUCUUUCUCACGUACCACAAGCCUCGUACGCAGCUCGUCCACCGCUGCAGAAGUUCAACAUUACAGUGAAAUGUGGAAGCGGACCAUUGCAGAACGCGCAAACCCUGUUUUGUGAAUCAUUUAUAUUUUUGCAAGGACCAAAGCUAAGAUCCCCAUCGGUGCCAUGACCAUUCACUGAGGAGACCGACGGAGCCUCGAGCUGCUGAUCCAAGCUCACCUAGAGACGAACCAGAGAGAGUGAAAGAGGAAGAACAGGGGAGCGGAGAGAACGAGAGAGAGUGGAGACCGAGAGAGAAGAGGAAACGAGAGAGGGAGAGCGGUCGAUGGAUGCUGCUUGGACAGAGGGGACUCUGAAGGCGCACUCUUCACUGACGAGGAACAGCAAGCUACAGACAUGGAGGCAAAAGGCAGAGGCAUGCCCCAAGUCAUGGUAUGGUGGGAGAAGGGAAUCCAGGUGGUCCUCACCACUCUGGGGGCGUUUGCAGCCUUUUCCCUGAUGGCGGUGGCCAUCGGGACCGACUACUGGCUGUACGCGCGGGCCUUCAUCUGCAACAGCACGGCCAACUCCUCCCAGGAUGACCCCAACAACAAGGACAAGAAAGACCCAGGCGCCCUCACCCACUCCGGCCUGUGGAGGAUCUGCUGCCUGGAGGGGCUGAAAAGAGGAGUGUGCUCUAAAAUUAAUCAUUUUCCAGAUGAUGCAGACUAUGACCAGGAUGCAGCCGAGUACCUCCUGCGUGUGGUCCGAGCCUCCAGUAUCUUCCCCAUCCUGAGCGCUACACUCCUCCUGAUGGGAGCAAUGUGUGUGGCUUCCAGCAGUUUCUACAAGAGCAAGAGAAACAUCAUCCUUGGAGGAGGAAUCCUGUUUGUGGCUGCAGGCCUGAGCAACAUUAUCGGUGUGAUCGUAUACAUCUCCGCGGCGCUGAGUGACAUUUCACCAAAGAAGGAUGAGGACAAGAAAUGGCAUUACUCUUAUGGCUGGUCCUUCUACUUCGGGGGUCUGUCCUUCAUCUUGGCUGAGAUGGUGGGUGUCCUGGCCGUCAACAUCUACAUUGAGAAGAACAAGGAGCUGCGCUGCCGCUCGCGCACCGAACUCUUCAAAAGCACCACGCACGCCAUGCUCCGCCUACCCAGCUACCGCUUCCGCCGGCGCUCCCGUUCUAGCUCACACUCCACCGACCCGCCGCGCUCACCGCGCGACUCCUCGCCCACGGGUGCCAAAAGUUUUGCGUUGCCGCCGUCCGCCCCGCCUUUCUCGGUGGCCACCCUGCCUAACCCACACCAUGCCGGCGGAGGAGGAGGGGGCGAUAUCUCCAUGUAUACCCUGACCCGGGACUCCAAGAUGGGGAGUCUUGGCGGCGGCGCGCCCCCCCUCUACGGCACGGUGGACCGGGCAUCCCUGUACCAGCUGCACAACUACUUCCCCAAAGAGGAAGUCGGGGUGAUGAUGAGCGGCACGCUGCCUUCUCUCUCAAAGUCAAACCUCUCCGCGGCGGGCCAGAAUGCCUCCAUCCUCGCCUCCUCCAUCGCCCCACUCAAUACCUCAUCAUCCUCCGGACCCUCCCCCCAGCAGCCCCCUUUGCCCACUGGCACCAUGGAGCGAGAGAGGGGCAUGGGCACCUUGGACCGCCUGGGGGGCAAACGGAACCGGGACAGCGACUCGGACACGCUGAACAGGAGAACCACGCCAGUGUGAGCCGCUGGGAUGGAAGCCCGAGCCAAGGAGCAGGGCAAAAUGGCGGGUGACAAUUUGAAGUAACUCCCUGUCUUACAACCUAUAUUUCUGCCAUAAAAAUGACUUAAGAGGUGAGGGUUUACAAAUGACUUGACUACUUGUACAGUCUACUGUCUGCUGCCAUAGGCAACAUUGAAUUUACGGAUGUUAUAAGCAGUCAUGAAAACUGGUUUAAAAUAAAUGGACAACUGCCUUAACAUGGUCGUAUAGUGGACUUAUAUAGUGGUUUUGUAGUUAGCUAGCACCCUGAUAAUGCUGAAUGAGACAUACUAGUGGUGUUUCAAUAUGUACCGUAUUGGUUGGAGGACUGCUUAUGACAUUUUAAUAAAAAAGGGUUGUAUGACAUGGGGUUAUGUAAAGUGUUACCAAAAAGGUCUGUAGAAAAGUGUAAGAUAUGCGAAAGAGAAUAAUUGGCCAUUUCCCUGCCCUAGCGCAUAGUCAGUUUUUGACUAAUAUGAAUAUAUCUAUUCCACAGACUAGAAUAUCAAAUGUAAUAUUAACAAUAUUAUUGAAUAUAUAUUCAUUUUGAAAUGCACAAUAUGUCUGUAGUGGUAAACUUUGGGUUAUAUUAACAUUCCGAGUGCUUGAUUAUCAUAGCCAGGUUACAAGACUGUAAAGAUUGUAACUUCUUUGGAUAUUAUGAAAUUGCUGUUGUUUUUAUUCUUGUAACCGUACAUGCAGGGUACAUUUGUACAUUUUGAACUAUGAUUUUUUAUUUUUCUAUUCCGUUUAAAGUUGAGAAUUUUUAUUGAUUUCUUGCUCAAUCACACAAAAUCAGAUGGCGUCAUGUGAGAAGCAUGUGAGCAAAUCUGUGUAAUAUUGUACUUUGUGUUUGUAUUUUAUUUUAAAUGUAUUUUACAUUAUUUGUAAUAAUAUUAGUAUUAUUCUUAUCGUUAUUAUUGUUAUUAUCGUCACAUUUUGAAUUUUCUGUUUGUUAAUACAAGUAUAACCAACAUGUUUUUUUUUUUAUUGUUCCUGACAAGUGUACUAGAUUAUAGACUUUAUAUGAAUCUAUUUACUUUAGUGGUGGUAUAGUAUAUUCUUAGUGUUAUUCUUUAAAGAUUCUAACUUGGGGCUAGGAGGCUGAAAGCCUUUGGUCCUGUGACUGAAAAAGACAACAAUCUCUUCACAAUACACAAUAUUUCUACCCUACUGCCCAUUCAUCAAACUAAGAAUAGAGCAGUGGACUUGAUGGGGAAGCAAUACAACAUUUCUGAGCCUCACCAGAAAAGACUAAAAAUAUAAUCAAUAAAAUUCUA